UAAGCAGGCCAUUAACAUGUCAUAACAUAAAAUCCUUCAAUUUGUUAAAAUAAAAUUAAACUAUAAUCCAAAUUUUUGAAUGAAAUGACAAGCUUUCGGGAAAUGCGUUUCGAUGAUCUAUUCAAAAUUAAUUCAUUAGUAUUUGAUGCCCUCACAGAGGUUUACAGCCUAACGUUCUUUGUGAAGCAUCUUCUGGAAUUCCCAGGACUCUCAAAGAUUGCCGAAGCUCCAGGUCCCGAUGGCCCUCUAAUGGGAUAUAUAUUCGGGCACUAUCUGGCCAAGCAAAAUAAGGAGCCGCAUAGUCAUGUGGCGGCAUUGACUGUAUCUCCGGAAUAUAGACGCCUUGGACUUGCCACUGCUCUAAUGGAUUACUUUUUCAUGGCUGCAACCCACAAAGGAGCUUCUUUUGUAAACCUCUUCAUGCGAGCCAGCAAUCAGGCCGCCUAUCACCUGUACUGCUCCAUGGGCUACGCUCAUCGCCAAACCCUCGUGGACUACUAUCCAGAUGACCCGGAACCGGAGAAUGCCUUCGAGAUGAGAAAGUACAUACCACGUCCUAUGGAGGUUCAUUAAGCGACACAUGUGUUUUUCAUAUAAAUUUUAGUUUUAUUUUCGGAUUACAUAGCUAAUUAAAGAAAAUCCAUUGAGGUGAAUUCUUAA